AGCAACGCCGCUUUGCCGCAGUUCCCAGUUUGCCGCUACCGCAGCGCCAGGUCGCCGUGUACAACUCCGUAGAGCUCCGACGCCCAACAUGAAUAAUUUCGACCUCAUAGAAAAUAUACGCCUCAGGCGUCCCUUAUGGGACAAGACGACCUGGGACAAAGUCGAUGUCAUCGCCAGAGAGGAACUCUGGAGUGAGGUUGCUUCUAAAAUGGAUACCUCAAAAGAAAUAGUGAAAACGCGAUGGAAGAACUUGCGAGACUCCUAUCGUAAGAUCAUGCGCAAAUUGGAAAAUCUAGAAACCGACGAUCCGAAAUGGUCGUACUUCAAAGCCAUGGAAUUCAUGAAGGACAUUACGCUGAGCGUUCGUGCCAGGAGUCACGAUAUCUCCUUAAAGAAGGCCGACGGCACCCUGGAACCCGACUAUUCCAUCACCCUUCUCUCCACCUCAGCGGAAGACAGCGUCGAUCCCCUUCAAAUGGGUUUUCACCACCACCUCAGACCGCCGUUCCAUAUCAAACAGGAGGCGGGCACGGGAAGACGUCGUCACGCCACCGAAGAUUUAGUGACGCAUUUUUUGGACCUAGACGCCGACAAACACGAGCACGAAAAGCAACUAGCUAGGUUAGCGGUCCAUGAGGACGAUGACUAUCAGUUUUUAGUGAGUUUAUAUCCUCACUUAAAACAAGUACCUGUCAACAGGAAACUGAUGCUAAGGAUGAAAAUCGAACACUUAAUUUACAACGAGGUUUAUCUUCAAAACACAACCGUCACCACACAGACUUGUAAUCCUUUUCAUGCAUAGCGUAAUCUUUAUUCUACAUUAUAAUUUAUAUUAUUAUCAUGUUCGUUGUAUGUAUAGCGUAAUAAUUAUAUUAUUAAUAAAACAGUGUUAUGCUUCAUUAUAAA